UACCCCCUCCUUCUCAUUCUUUCUCCUCCUUGGAAAAGUGUAUAACAAACCAUAUAAAAAAGUACUCGUAAUAAUCUCCCUCUCUCUCUCUCUCUCUCUCUGUCUUGCCAUGGCGGAGAUGGAGGAGCUAACCUCCGGCGCCAGCGGGCGCAUCAUACCCCUCGUCAAGAACAUCCGACAGCGCUCAACCGUCCUCUCCUAUGACUCCCUCCGCCGCUCCCUCCUCUUCAUCCAAUCCAUCUUCUUCUGGUUCCUCCUCGUCCUCCCCCGCACCAAGCCCUCCGCCGCCGCCGCUUCUUCUCCCGCCAAGCGCAGGCGCAAGGAGGAGGAGGACACCCUCCGCCGCCGAGCCCUCGCUCAGGAUUUCCCGAUGCUCGACGAAACCGACGACGGGGCCGGCCGCUGCGAGUCGGCCACGUCGCUGUUCUACGGGGUGAAGCGCAACGCAUUGUUUGUCAGGUCGUGGUUCCCGGUCACCGGUGAAUUGAAGGGUAUUAUGGUCAUUAUGCACGGGCUUAAUGAGCACAGUGGACGAUAUGCUGAUUUUGCAAAGCAACUGAAUUCAUGCAAUUUUGGUGUCUAUGCAAUGGACUGGAUAGGUCAUGGCGGGAGUGAUGGAUUGCAUGGAUACGUACCUUCACUUGACCAUGUUGUUGCAGAUACUGGGGCUUUCUUGGAGAAGAUCAAAUCGGAAAACCCUGGGAUACCAUGCUUUCUUUUUGGUCACUCAACUGGAGGGGCUGUCACUUUAAAAGCAGCUUCAUAUCCUCAUAUUGAGCAAUUGCUGGAAGGCAUAAUACUCACCUCACCAGCUUUGCGUGUUAAGCCAUCACAUCCAAUAGUUGGUGCUGUGGCUCCAUUUUUCUCACUGGUGGUUCCAAAGUACCAGUUCAAAGGCGCCAACAAAAAGGGCAUUCCAGUUUCAAGGGACCCGGCAGCACUCUUGGCCAAGUACUCGGACCCACUGGUCUACACCGGGCCCAUGAGGGUCCGAACAGGUCACGAGAUUCUUUGCAUCUCAUCUCACUUGCUGCGCAACUUGAAGUCCGUGACCAUCCCAUUCUUUGUCCUUCACGGAACUGAUGAUAAAGUGACCGAUCCGCUGGCCUCUCAGGAUUUGUUCAACGAGGCAGCGUCCCAGUUCAAGGACAUAAAGCUCUAUGAUGGCUUCUUGCAUGACCUUCUCUUUGAGCCUGAGCGCGAGGAAGUUGGAAAGGAUAUCAUCGAUUGGAUGGAGAAGAGACUGAGUGCAGGUAGUCUUGAAAAUGUCAAUAGCCAUUGGUGAGGAUGUUAUUCAACAGCUAUAGUAUGAUGGGGAUUGAUCAGGUAGGGGGAUUUGUUUCUUGAAUUUAACUUAAUCCAGGUUUUUGAACUGGAUGCAUGUAAGAACUGUGGGGGCGGUGCAAUUAUAAAUAAAACUUCUUAGUUAAUUUA